AUGGAGACAGCAGAUGACUUGUUCUCUCCUGACUCUCGUCCGAAAAUGGGUCUUUUAUCUCGCACACUGAUACCAAGUCCAAUCGUCCAGUGGAUACUACCUGCGCGCCUGAGAAGUGAGCAUCAAAAUGAUGUUGUUUUUAUCGGUGAGCGAAGUUUGCAGAUCAAGGAAGCCGUGUCCGGUUUCCAUUUAGAGGACGCCACUUCAAAGUCGGACUUUGAUUCCAAUAUCAUGGCAGCGAAAGUCAUCAACGUGGGCACAGAGUUACCUUGGGAGGCACAGAUGAAAUUGGGGGCAAGCACCGCACCUGUCAAUUCAGAGCCGCAGAUAGGGUUGCCUCCCCAGAUAUUGCUGUUAAGUCUCGCCUCAAGAGAACUAGUUUUCCUUUAUUAUUCGACCUCGAGUGAUCAAUUCAUCCACCACCAUCGGCCCUUGCCGAGUGAUGUCAGUACAUUCGAGCGGUUCGGUCGAAAUAUUGCAGUGGAGCCAAGAUCUCGUGCUGUAGCAGUUAGUGCAUCUUCUGAUUAUUUUGGUGUCUUUACUUUGAAGCAGCCACCAGUUCUCCAGUCACAGAUGGCACAUCACCAGCUAGACCCCAUAUCAGAGGAACGCUUCUUUCGUGUCGAUGGUGACAUCAUAUUCAUGGAAUUUCUAUAUCCAAGACCGGAGGAAGACGGCAAGAUUCUCCUCCUCCUUUUAGUCGCCCAGGAUCAGAUUACUCAUGCUAUAUGUUAUGAGUGGGACGCGAGCGAACACCUGCGCCAAGCGUCUCCAAUAGUCACCAAGAGACUACUACCAUUUGAGGAGAGAUUACCUACAAUGCUCAUCCCGUUGACCAAAACAUCCUCUUUCAUGCUCGUUACAACGAGUACAAUGGCUGUAUAUAAGAACAGGCUAGAUCCUCGGAGACAGCCUAGCAGGUAUCCGCUUGGUCUUCCUGAUCGAGAGUCUCGAAAGUCCCCAUUAUGGACUCGGUGGGCAAGGCCACUGCGCAAUUGGCUAUAUAACCAAAAGCACGACGACAUCUACCUUUGCCGUGAGGACGGUCAAAUCUCGUACUUAGGAAUUGGCAACGAGGGUGAAGUCGAAAAUCAAGCGCAUCUAGGCCAACUUUGUUGUGAUGUCGAUGCGGCAUUUGAUAUUCUACAUUUCGGCAAUGAGGGAGGUGACCUACUCCUUGCCGCUGGCAACACAGGAGAUGGUGGUCUAUUCGUCCAAAAGGCUCGAGACCACCCUAGAUGUGUCCAAAAGUUCAUGAACUGGUCUCCUGUCACAGACUCUGUAAUUGUGAGGUCGCCUAAUCAGCAACUUCCGUUGUCUGCAGACGUCGCUAGCGACCGACUGUUCGUUUGCUCCACUUCGUCUUUCGCACGGGGUGCAAUCGUUGAACUGCGCCACGGGAUUGAGGCACAGAUAGGCUUGGUCGUCUCCCUAGAGGGACUGUCAGGAACAAGAGACAUAUGGACAAUGCCGACUGGCACAAAUGGCGGUGUUAUCGUGCUAACAUCUGAUCCUAUGUCAUCGGUCCUCCUGGACCUACCGGCAGAUUUCGAAGAAGAGAUAUGUGCUAUUGACGAGGCGGAUUCCGGCUUGGACUGUGGCUCCCAGACAUUAGCGGCAGGAAUCACCGACAUAGGUAUUAUUAUUCAGGUGACGGAAAGGGCGAUUCAUCUCGGGACAACCUCUGAAUCAAUGCGGUGCUCCCGUUAUGAGUAUGGUUAUGACCAGAGUAUCACUGUUGCUGCCGUAGAUGGCUUUGCAUCUCUUAUUGUCGUCGCAGUUCGCAACCAAGGCGGACUGCACCUUCAUGCUAAAAGGCUAACUCCAUCUGGCAACCAGCUUUCUUUAACCGAUGUGGGCGAGCCGGUAAGAAUGCAUUUCGAACCCGUCUGCAUCUCUGUCAUAAAUUUCGACUUUGGAUCUCUCAUAUGUGUGGGCGCGGGCAAUGGGAAGAUAUUUCUCUAUGUCAUAGAGAAUGAAUCUAUCACGUUCGUGUCCGAGAAAACCAUGGACGUAGCGUAUAAUGAGGACAUAUCCAAGGCAAUCGAUAGCCUUGCAAUUGUCAACAAAGUAGAAAACGGGCCAUUGAAGAAGUUUAUCUUACUCUGUGGCCUACGAAGUGGCAUCCUGGUUCCAUUUGGUGUGGCGCUAGACAGUGUCAAUGUCGUGUCUUCUAUCGUGAUGACCCAGGUAACCCCGCAAAGAUUAGGGAAUACUUCACUCAAAGUGCAGAGCAGAGGAGACCUUGCGUUGUUGACUUGUGGGCAAGGAUUUUGGCAAAUAUCGUGUACAUAUGACAGUGUGAUGCCGGACUGUACUCUUCAGCGGAUUUGGAUCACGGACCAGAAUAACUCUGCCUACCACCCAAGAAAUAUCCACAGCUUUUCAGUCGCCAGUUUUGCAAAUUCGGACGUGGAAGAUCUCUCUAAUACGCUUUUCUGCAUCGCAGAUGGGCAACUUAUGGUUUGCACUUUGCAGCGAGAUGAGAAGACUGUCCCUAGAAGAAUAGGUUUGCCAGGCAGCGCCACUAAGCUAGCAUACUCUCAGUACCUGAAAAGCUUGGUUGUGGCGUACAGCCGAACUGAAUUUGACACCGACGCGGAUCCUAUCAAGCGCUUCACGCGGUCUCACAUUGAGUUCGUCGACCCUGAUUCACAGCAAGCCAUCUGCGGUCCUGAGGAUGGACUCAGGCCCUGGAGGCCCCAGGGAGCAGCUGGAGAGAAAAUCAGUUGCAUUCUGGAGUGGACACCCAAGAAAGGUGAUGAGGAAUAUCACUUCAUUGUUAUCGGUACGGCCCGUAAAAACCAACAGGACCGAGGCCGGGUCAUAUUUUUACAAGCGUCGAGAAUGUCGUCAGAUCCCACGCAAAUCGAAUGUAACGUGAAAUAUGUUCACAAAUUUGAGGGACCUGUUUACUCGAUCGCACCAUAUGGUAACUUUACUCUAAUGGUUUCAACUGGGCAUGAGAUCGUACCACUAGAACCCAAAUUUUCGCAAACGAGAUGGCUUCGAGCAGCAAGGUACCCUGUACCGUCUCCAGCGGUUUCUAUGAGCUCCCAUGAGCCCUACUUAUACAUGUCGACUUCGAGGGAAUCUCUUAUGAUCCUCAAUGCAUCUGAGGAGAAACUGGUGCUUCAUGCUUACGAUCGGCAGAAACACGACGGGCUCUCCCAUGUCCAUAUCGGAGGAGAUAUACAACUCACACUUGCCUCCAGUAGAGGUGGCCGGGUCAGUCUAUUGACUGAGAAAAGAAUAACUGACAACGAUAAGAUGAUGCCCGUAGCAUUGUGCGAAGCACAUCUUUCUACGUCUGUAACGAGGCUCAGUCCAGGCACCUGGCAGUCCACUAUGCCUACCAGCUCCCAAGUGAUAUAUGGGACAGCCAUGAACGGCACAGUUUACCGCUUCUUGACACUAAAGGAGAAGGAAUGGCGUUUGCUGUAUUUGCUGCAAAAUUUGUGCAUCCGCGACACAUUCAUAUGCCCUUUUACGCCGAAAAGGAAAAGGCAGCGGAACCCUGCAGGAAACGAAUCCCUUGAAUUUCAGCCUUCGCAGAUGCACAUUAAUGGGGAUAUACUGAGUCGUUUAUCAAUCCGAGGGCCGAGCUAUCUGAUGUACAUGCUAGUAACGGAAGAGUUCUACAGCCCCUCGACUCCAGAGACUGGCUCGCCACAGGCCAUUUAUGAACGGUUUCUGGAGUUGUCGAAGGAUCUUCUUGGGGAAACCUCGAGCCCGGUUGAAGAUGUAAUGAAGUGGCUCAAGCGCACACUACAUGUGGGAUUCUAG